AUGGGAAGCAAUGAAAACUCGGUUCACCUCAAAGUAUUUGUCGACAAAAAGAAGAAAAAAGUGAUGUUCGCAGAAGCGGAAGAAGACUUUGUUGAAAUUCUCUUUAGUUUCUUCACUUUGCCGCUCGGAACAAUCGCAAGACUCUCACACACGUUAGCGGACUCGCAGAGUACAAAAGUUGGAAGCUUGACUUCCUUGUAUGAAAGUGUUGUGAAUCUAAAUGAUCAGCAUUUCUCUAACAAACAUUCUAAGGAUGCACUUGUUAUUCCAMACAAUUCAUCGGUUUCUGUUCUCCGGAAGCUGAAAAUAAAUCUAGACGACACGAAGCCCGUCAGUAAUACUACUGUCGUUGGUAGUCACGACGAUGCAGUAUUUGUCAAAAAGAAGACAUCGUUCAUCAUCACCGACGAUCUCAACGUAGUACCCGUGUUGCUGGAUUCAAGCAUCGAACUCCUUAAUUCCCUUGGUGUUGAAUACAUUGAUUUGCUAGAUGGGAGAACCAUUUGCUUUGGCUUGGAAGAGGUAAGUUUUUGA